AUGACCAAUAAUGUUGCAACAAAUAUCACUGCGUCUCACGCCAUGAUCUUGGUGGCCGCGAUUGAGAUCCACACAAUACUUUUUCACCGGGUUCCCUUUGCCGGCGCAGACCACCUGCACCACUCCUGGUUCUGCAUCACGCACUUCUACCGCAGACACCGGUUUUUGUACCAAAAAAAUCCGGUUGCUUGUAUCAGAAUCGUCGUUCAACAAGUCACGAAAGAUCAACUUUCCUUCUGUCGAACAGCUGUAAAGAAACCGACCGUGGGCCACCCCAAGCAUCACAAUCGAGUCCAGCGUGGAAACACACGCAUUUUUCCAUUCUUUGAACAACUUGAAACUGAUUUUUGUUACCGGAUUUGCCUGAUUGCGACGACCGCUUUCAAAAAGUUGCACAAAUCCAUUCUUUCUAGCAAGUGCCAAAUAGCUACGUUUGCGAAACUCGAACCGGAGUAUCUUCUGGACAGCACUAUGAGGCCCCUCGACACAAAAUUCACUGUUGAAUUUGGCCCGAAUGGUGCCGGAGCGAAUAAUUUGAACCACUUUUGUUAA